CUCCAUUUGAUGCAACGGUGAGCUCGAAACUUCCACAACAAUGGCGACGCCAAAUUCACUGCACGCGCUGCUCUUUCUCUCGCUCUUCCUCCUGCAUUCCUUCACCACCGAAUCUGCUGUCGCGAGCAUAGAUCUCGGCUCCGAAUGGCUCAAAGUCGCCGUAGUCAACCUCAAGCCUGGCCAGGCGCCGAUCUCCGUCGCCAUCAACGAGAUGUCGAAGCGGAAGACGCCGUCGCUCAUCAGUUUCCACGCUGACUCGCGCUUGAUCGGCGAGGAAUCAGCGAAUCUCCUCGCGCGUUACCCUACUAAGGUGUUCUCCCAUAUCUCCUCGCUCGUCGCUAAACCCUACAGUUUCGCCCACGAUUUCCUCAGUAAACUGUAUCUGAGCUACGAGAUCGCGCCCGAGGACGCCCGGGGCGUGGCGGUUUUCAAGGCCGAGGCUGGGGAUAGCGGGAAUUUCACGGCCGAGGAGAUGGUGGGGAUGGUGCUCAAGUACGCGGCGGGGCUAGCGGAGACUCACGCCAGGACGAGUGUGAAGGAUGUCGUGAUCACGGUGCCGCCGUUCACGGGAGUGGCUGAGAGAAAGGGGUUGUUGGCUGCGGCGGAUUUGGCUGGGUUGAAUGUACUGGCUUUGGUAAAUGAGCACUCUGGAGCAGCUUUGCAAUACGGUAUUGAUAAGGAUUUCUCGAAUGGAUCAAGGCAUGUGGUGUUUUAUGACAUGGGGGCUAGCAGUACUUAUGCCGCAUUGGUGUAUUUUUCUGCUUAUAAUGCUAAGGAGUCGGGGAAGACAGUGUCAAUUAAUCAAUUUCAGGUGAAGGAUGUCAAAUGGGAUGCAGAACUUGGAGGUCAGAAUAUGGAAUUCAGGUUGGUGGAGUAUUUUGCGGAUGAGUUCAACAAACAACUUGGAAAUGGGGUUGAUAUUAGGAAGUCGCCCAAGGCGAUGGCCAAAUUGAAGAAGCAGGUUAAGCGCACAAAAGAAAUCUUGAGUGCCAAUAUGAUGGCUCCGAUAUCUGUGGAAUCUAUUUACGAUGAUCGUGACUUCAGGAGCUCAAUUACUCGUGAAAAGUUUGAAGAGAUAUGUGGAGAUCUUUGGGAAAAAGCCCUUCUUCCCAUAAAAGAAGUUCUCAAGCAUUCUGGAAUGAGCACUGAUGAUUUGUAUGCAGUGGAGUUGAUUGGAGGUGCUACUCGGGUUCCGAAGUUGCAGGCCAAGCUUCAGGAAUUUCUUGGGAGGAAGCAGUUGGACAAACAUCUGGAUGCUGAUGAGGCUAUUGUUCUAGGUGCCUCACUACAUGCUGCAAAUUUAAGUGAUGGAAUCAAAUUAAACCGCAAGCUGGGAAUGGUUGAUGGUUCUACUUAUGGUUUUGUGUUGGAGUUGAAGGGUGAGGGUCUUUUGAAAGAUGAAAACACCAGACAGCUGAUUGUACCAAGAAUGAAAAAGUUACCCAGCAAGAUGUUCAGAUCUGUUGUUCACAACAAAGAUUUUGAAGUUUCACUUGCUUAUGAGAGUGAAGAUCUGCUACCACCUGGUGUUACCUCUCUUAUGUUUGCAGAUUAUGAUAUAUUAGGUCUUGCCGAUGCUAGUGAGAAGUACUCAUCAAGGAACCUUUCCUCCCCAAUCAAGGCUAAUUUACAUUUCUCUCUGAGUAAAAGUGGUAUAUUUUAUUUGGAUCGAGCUGAGGCUGUUGUUGAGAUAACAGAAUGGGUGGAAGUCCCACGAAAGAAUCUCUAUGUGGACAACAACUCAACAUCUACUUCUGCCAACACGACGGAUGCUGAAGCUAAGAAUAUUUCAGAGGAGAGCACUGACAAGUUAGAGACGAAUAAUGGCGAUAUUACCAAUUCUGAUUCCAGUGCUAAUGAUUCUAGUAAUGUUGAUUUGGGUACUGAGAAGAAGCUAAAGAAAAGGACAUUCAGAGUUCCCCUUAAGGUUAUUGAAAAGACAACAGGGGCUGGAAUGCCUCUCUCGAAAGAAUCUUACGCUGAGUCCAAACGCAAAUUAGAAGUAUUGGACAAGAAGGACGCAGAAAGGAGAAGAACAGCUGAAUUGAAAAAUAACCUUGAGGGCUAUAUCUAUUCUACAAAGGACAAACUUGAAUCUGAAGAGUUCGAAAAAAUAUCGUCUGAGCAAGAGAGGAAAUCUUUCAUGGAAAAACUCAACGAGGUAGAGGAAUGGCUGUAUACUGAUGGUGAAGAUGCUUCUGCCUCUGAAUUUCAAAAACAUCUGGAUUCAUUGAAAUCUAUUGGAGACCCCAUAUUUUUCAGGCAUACUGAACUCACCGCACGUCCUGCUGCAUUUGAACAUGCACGGACGUAUCUAACUGAAAUAGACCAGAUUGUGCAAGGAUGGGAGAAAAAUAAGUCCUGGUUGCCAAGAGAGAGAAUUGACGAGGUCAUACGUGAAGCUGAUAAGUUAAAAACUUGGUUAAGUGACAACGAAGCUCUUCAGCAAAAGACCACUGCAUUUAGCAAACCGGCUAUCACAUCCGAGGAAGUAUACGACAAGAUUUUAGAUCUCCAAGACAAGGUUGGAAGUGUGAACAGAAUCCCCAAGCCAAAACCUAAGGUUGAGAAAACCGUGAAAGUGGAGGCAGAGAAAGAUAGCGAUAAAGAUAAAGCAAACAACACAGAUUCUUCAUCUGAAGAGACCCCAUCUGCAGACGAUCCAGCGACGAAUGAACCAGAGGCUGAAGCUGCAUCCAAAGGCCACGAUGAGUUGUGAUAUCAUUUAGGGUACACAUACAAAACUGAAGGUGCCAAUGCUCAUCGAUAUGCAAUACAAGGAUAGAUAUAAAUGCUGCUGAUGAUGAUUAGAGGUAGGUACGAAUAGGGAAAGCUUAGCGUUGAGCCAUUGUUUGGAUGGUGGGUUUUUUCUUGUGCCGCCGUGGAUCGGAUUAUACUUAUAAUUGUAUUACUAAGAAACUCACAAGAGAAUUGUUAUUGAUGAGCCAUUUUUGAUUCACUCAUAUAAUUUUGUUUUGUA